AUGUCGACCAAGUACGCUUUCCUAUCGUUGCCCCAGGGCGUGUUCGACUCGAGCGACCGUGAUGAUGCCAUCACAUCUUUGCGCAGCACCAUCUCCUCCGACAGCGCUUCCGUCCUGCCCUUUAACAUUCCCGACUUCAAGAUCGGCACCCUCGAUGCCCUUGUCCAGCAGGCAGAUGAGCUUACGAAGCUUGAAGCGUCAUGCGAGGCCGUUGUUGCCAAGGUCGCCGACUCGUUGAAGAACGUACUUGACGGUGACGAAGACCGCAUUGCUCAGUAUAAGAUGGUCAAUGAUAAGCCCACUGACCAGUACGUGAGCACUUUCAGCUGGAACAAGAUCCGAUAUCGCGCCGACAAGUCCCUCGCUGAGCUUAUUAACACCCUACAAAAGGAGCUCGCCAACGUUGAUACAGAUGUGAAGACAAAGUUCAACCAGUAUAACUCGGUCAAGACAAAUCUUGCUGCUCUGCAGCGCCGUCAAACCGGCAACCUUUCUACCAAGUCUUUGACCCCUAUCGUCGACCCAUCUCUCCUUGUCCAAGAUUCCGAGUAUAUCGAGACCCACCUGAUUGUCGUCCCAGGAAAUGCGAAGAAGGACUUCCUCAAGGAGUACGAGACAUUAGCCCCUAUGGUCGUUCCUCGUUCCGCCACCGAAGUUGCCAAGGACGACGAGUUCGUCCUCUUUGCUGUAGCGACAUUCAAGAAGCACAGCCCCGAGUUCCUUGCCAAAUGCCGAGAGCAGAAAUGGACACCCCGCCAGUACAAGCAUGUUGAAGGUGGUCGACAAGAAGAGCAAAGGGAGCUCGAUCGCGUCACUAACGAAGAGCGAAAGGUCUGCGGAGAGGCACUGCGCAUGGGGCGAACUGGAUGGAGCGAGAGUGUCAUGAUCUGGGUCCAUGCCAUGACAUUGCGGGUGUUUGUUGAGGCUGUCCUCCGCUAUGGUCUGCCCCUGGAAUACGUGACCGCUCUGGUCAAGACGACAUCCAAGUUGGCUCCCAAGGUCAAGACAGCUCUGGACUCUAACUACUCAUUCCUUGGUGGGAACGCAUUUGGGCGAGACAAGCGAGGCAAGAUCACCAAAGAUGACGCUGCCUUAAGCUCAGAGAUGGCUGCGGCUGGGUUCCAGACCGGCGAGGGUCACGAAUAUACGGCAUACGUGUACUACGAGAUCGAGUUUCCUUAG